AUGCCUGGAGGAAGUCCGUUCAGAUGGGAGAGUCUGGUGAAUGACCCGAAUUAUACAGCGCCCGUACUCAACUCGCCGCCGAGUCUACGUCACAAACAGAGCUUUCAAGGUCGUUUUGGACUCGAAGACGACGAAGCCAAAGUGCUGUCUUCGGCGUCGUCACCAAGACUGUCUCCGCGAGGAUUCAUUUCACCCCCAGAAUCACAGGCUGAGAUUGGCGAAAUGGGAGCUGAUCCAAACUACUCUGCUACAGUUCUCACGCAUGCUUUCAAGGGGCUGAAAUUGGGGGUACCGCUCGGUUCACCACCGUUAGGUUCGCCUCUCAUCGGCUCUCCUCGCCUAAGUCGAAAGAUUUCCAACUCAGAGUACCCCUUCUUGAAGGAAGAAGACAUGUCUGCUCGUCAGUCUGCAGCGAGCAGCGCAAACAGUUUCCGUGGUGUUGGAGGAGCGGACGCUCGAGCUGCAGCAGCUCCAUUUUUGAAUGACGCGUACGGGUCGGGUAAUGCCACAGCUGGAGAUCUACAGCGCCAAAUGAAUGCGCACUUGAUGCGCAUGUCCGCCAUGUCCACCAUGUCAUCCUUCCACGGUGACAACCCGUUCACAGGUUCCGUGACCCAAUCAGCGCUGGAAGAUGCCUUCUUGGACAUGGCUGGCUCGCGCUUGGACGCUUCCAAUGUUCUCCUGAGCAGUCGGAUGUCAGCAGCACCAGGUUCUCAGUCCCACAUGCGUAUCCAAGCUCAGGAGAGUCAGCAUACGCAACACGCAGCCUCCAAGCCACCAGAAUGA